ACCCAUGGCCGAAAAGGUCGAAUAAAAAGACCCUGUCGUUAGCGAAUCGGUAAUAAGAUAAAAUACAAGUACAAGAAAGAUUGGUCCAUAUUGAAUCCACCGCCUCUCGACUCUCCAAAUCCAAAGGCGACUCCUCCUCCAAGGAUGGGAGAAGAGAGGGUGAAAGAAGAGGCCUUGCAGCUUAUUGGGAUGUUCCAACUUCUUCCUCGUUUGGUGGUUUUCGAUCUUGAUUACACCCUCUGGCCUUUCUACUGUCUGCGCCGCUCCAAACGUGAAACCCCAUCUUUGUACCCCCAUGCUAAAGGCAUAUUAUAUGCACUCAAGGACAAGAGGAUUAAUUUAGCUAUUGCUUCAAGAUCUCCGACUGCAGAUACAGCAAACACGUUUCUUGACAAAUUGAGCAUCAAAUCUAUGUUUGUUACAAAGGAAAUUUUUUUCAGCUGCAAGAACAAGACAGAUCAUUUCAGGAGAAUUCAGUCAAGGACUGGGAUUCCCUUCAACUCAAUGCUCUUUUUUGAUGAUGAGGAUUGGAACAUAGAAGCUGCUUCCAAGAUGGGAGUGACGAGCAUAUAUGUUGAUAAUGGGGUUAAUCUGAGAGCGUUGAGACGAGGGCUAACUCAAUUCACUGAAAACCAAAAUGCAUCAGACAAGAACCAGCGGAAAUAGGAUCAUAAUGUACUCCAAAAACCCAAAUUCAUAGGGGAGAAUGGGUUAAAAAUUCAAGAUUAUUUGAAACCAGUCAUUUAUACUUAGAAAGAUUGUUCUUAUUUGCUGCAUACAAAUUACUUUAGCACUUGUGUUAGCGUUGAUAAUGGUUCCGCUCGAAAUGAUUUUGGAACAAAA